CAGAUUCACUGCUCUACCAUAAGUCUUUUAGACACCUUUUCCCUCGUGUUUCCUUCUCUCCGUUUUCCCUAGAUUCCACUCUUGUUAAUACUACUGUCUUAAUUCCACCUUGGUCUCAUUCCACCUUCGUUGCCCUGGCCGUUACCUAUCCUGCUACUUUCCUUGAUUCACUACUGUUCAUACCUGGCGUCAUCCCUCACCCAACUGCUGUUGAGGCAGACUCACAUCUACACCAAACAACUCCCUCUCUGGUAGAGGUCCUUACCUGUCGUUUCUACUUUCGCCAUUGGAUUUUUUACCUACUUCUACUUGUGCAUCUCUCUUUAUCCACAGCCUCGGUGGUUUCAUCCACUUGGUCGUGGCUUCACUUGGCCCUGAACUCAAAGUGACAUCACCCCUCCCUCUCUCCCUUGUCAAGCUUUGACCAUGUCACAAAAAGGUCACUACAAGCGGUUCUCAAAAGAGGGUUUCGAGCCUCUCACCCAUUCUACAUCCAAGGACCUGCCAAAUCCGAACGAUGCCACCAUCGAUAUUCCUCUGACCAAAGUCACUACCCACGGCAGCGCUACCGGUGCGCGUAGACACGACGCUUCAUCAGCCAUGCAUUCAAAUCCCAGCCGCGACACCAGUUCCGACCCUAUGGACGAGAAACACCCCCACCGUCCUCCUUUCAAUACAAUGCCUUCUGGCCCAGGUGGUCGAAGAAAAAGACGUCAAGACAGAGAUGAGGGAAACAGACGCAAGGACGAAGGAACCCUCAACGCCGUUGGGCGAUUCUACAAAAAAGUCUACAAUUUCUCCGUCAUUACGCGUUACUUCAUCUACGUCGCCCCAGUUGCCCUGGCCAUUGCCAUCCCCAUGAUCAUUGGGGCCACUAUCGCCCAAAACGCCACAAUUGGUGGUGUUAGACUUGUCUGGUUCUUCGCCUGGAUCGAGGUCGUCUGGGUUUCUCUCUGGGUGUCAAAAAUUGUCGCACAUUUCUUGCCUCGUGUCUUUCAGUUCCUCAUUGGUGUUGUCAGCUCUGGCACCCGCAAGUACGCUCUGAUUCUGGCCGCCCUAGAGAUUCCUCUAUCCCUAGUCGGGUGGGCUGUCACGUCGUUGGCCACCUUUACUCCCCUCAUGACGCUGAACCCCGACAAUCGAGCUGGGGACCAAGAGGGCCUUCAAAACUGGCAGUCUAUUGUCCAGAAUAUUCUCUUUGCCUGCGUCUUCUCCACCCUGGUCUUGCUCGUCGAGAAAAUCUUCAUCCAGCUCCUGUCCAUCAGCUACCACCGCAAACAGUUUGAUGACAAGAUCAAGGACUCGAAACGCAACAUCUUCCUUGUCAGCUUGCUUUACGAUGCCUCUCGACAAAUGUUCCCGGCAUAUUGCCGAGAAUUUGUUGAAGAGGACUAUCUCAUUAGCGACAUCCUCGAUCUUGGCGCUGCUUCAAGUCGGAAUAGUUUGAUGCCCGGCCAUAAACGCUCCGGAUCGGCAACUCCUAUGAGGUUCUUCCAGAAUGUCGCACGUGUGGGUGACAAGGUCACAGCCGCGUUCGGCAAUGUCGCUCAGGAGAUUACUGGGAAAAAGGUCUUCAACCCAACGGCGUCUCACUCGGUGGUUGUCCAAGCCUUGGAGAAGAAACGUUCCGCCGAAGCCCUUGGCCGACGUCUUUGGAUGUCAUUCGUCCUUGAAGGUAAAGACGCACUCACUUUGGAAGAUUUUCAGGAUGUCUUGGGCCCAGACCGUGAUGAUGAUGCUCGCGAAGCCUUUGAAACCUUGGAUGUGGAUGGCAAUGGAGAUAUCUCUCUCGAGGAGAUGAUGCUUCGAGUUACAGAGAUUGGCCGCGAACGACAAGCUAUCGCCAACAGCAUGCACGACGUUGAUCAGGCGAUCAACGUGCUUGAUAACCUGCUUUGCACUGUGGUAUUCCUUGUCGUCAUCUUCAUCUUCGUUGCCUGGCUCAAUGCCAACUUUACCACUACCUUGGCCACCGCUGGCACAGCACUCCUGUCAAUGUCAUUUAUUUUCGCUGCUACUGCACAGGAAGUUUUGGGUUCUUGCAUUUUUCUUUUCGUCAAGCACCCUUUCGAUGUGGGCGACCGGGUUGAUAUCUCCGAGGUCCAGUAUGUGGUGGAGAGGAUGUCUCUGUUGUACACGGUCUUCCGAAGAGUCAAGGAUCAAAAGAAGUCACAAGUCCCCAACAUUGUCCUCAAUUCAAACUGGAUCGACAACGUCUCCCGAAGCAAAGCUAUGCGAGAACGUAUUGUCCUGUCCGUCAACUUUGACACUACGUUUGAAGACCUGGACCUUCUCAAGAAAGAAAUGGUUGCUUUUGUCCGGGACAAGGAGAACUCACGUGACUUCCAACCUGAUGUCGACUUGGAGGUUCUUGGCGUGACCGAUAUGACCAAGAUGGACGUUCAGAUUGAGAUCCGACACAAGUCCAACUGGGCCAACGAAGCCGUUCGAGCUGCGCGUCGAUCCAAGUUCAUGUGUGCUUUGGUGACGGCUGUUCGGCGUGUUCCCAUCUACGGCCCAGGAGCCGGUGGAGCCGGUGCUGGCGAAAAGUCCAACCCCACGUACUCGAUUGCCAUUACUGAAGACGUGGCCGAGACAAACCGACAAGUCUUUAAAGAGGAAAAGGACAAGGCAAGACUUGUGCCACAUCUUCCUCAGAAUCAAACCUUGUCUCCGGAUGGUCCUUCAGCAUCGAAAGAUUAUUUGAGCACGACUACGUCAGGGGCCGAAGGCCGAGAAGCCUCAGCAAUCGACCACCUGGUCAGACGCAAUGUUGCCGUGGAUCCACAAGACGUCCAGGAUGAGGAGCGUGACAACGAAUUGAGCCGGCAGCGAUCUGAUAACGUGGACGAAGUUCGUGACAUCCUGCGCCGCCAGUCGACUAUGGGUCGUCGUCGAGCACAGAGGCACAGCGGACAAAGCGGGAUCCAUGUCGACAACGAUCAAGGGGGUUCUCGCAUGAUUCCGACCAUCGCAGAACCGUCACCUCCAGAACCAAUUAGCCUAACAGGAGCACCACCACGCGUUAGUUAUUUCGAAGAUUCAGCACAUCACCCAGAGCCGACAAGAUCGCAUCCAUCGCAAGGCUGGACCAACGUUGCCCCUCUCAACUACCAGACCAGUCAACAAUCGAGCCACCAUCCAGGCUCGCCAGCGCCUUCGCAGUCCUCCGGUCCGGCUAGGUACGUACCUGGAAACGCGUUUUCGCAACAAGCAUAUCAGAACCCGGCGAUGCAGCAGCAGUCCCGUGCCCCUGUACCGGGAAUGUCUGAGAUGAAACGAACUCUACAAGGGCCGAACCGAUCACAGUCACCACCAUCAUGAAGUAAUGAACAUUCGAUUUCAUUCUACUCUCCCAGAGGGGGGGUAAUUAAUAGAGACGUCAAUAACAGUUGAAAUUAUAGACGGAGUUACUUUCAGUAACCCUGAUGUCCAAUUCCAGGGCCAGGAUCAGCAUUGUUCAAUUGCCCCACGUGGCUGGCGUUACAUACAAGAAUGAUUGAUUAGGGGGAUUGGAGAUGGAUAUGGGAUAGGAGUUUAUCCUGAGCUGUUACAAAUUGAACCAGCCACGUCCCUUGAUGAUACAAAUGGGUUACUGAUUAUCUACGAUCCCAUGUGUCACGAGCAAGCAGGGGUGGGAGGGAGCCAGAGAUUGAAGAAGCUAGCUACUUAGUCUACGAGAUUCGAAAUUGAGUAGUUGCUGAUAACCAAGCUGCUCGGCACAUGCAUGUCACGAGAUUCAUGCGCGAGGCAUUCUCAAGGCGUUCUUCUGAUUUCUCUUCCUUGCCUUAUCCAUGCGUACAUGGUUGCAUCCCUAGCUCCCCCUUCGUAUCCGAAAGGGGUUGAUCACUUGGUUUUACAGUAGAACUACACAGUAGAUCAAAGUAGAAGAAGUAGUCAUAGGAGCAGAAGCAUUGGUAUAAGAAGAAGAGGAGGAGGAGGAGGAGGAGGAGGUAUUUAUUGAUUCCUGAGAUCCAUCACAGCCCCCUAAAAAGGUUUAAAGUAAGAGCCAUGGGGCCCGAAUAUGAUAUUCCCUACAACAUCCUCCCAACCUUGGGGUGCCCAAAGCCUGUCAGAACCUGAUUUCUGACGGUCCAGUGGGCUGCAAGUGUUGUGGACGGAGGCUAAAAAUACAUGGAGUUGGAAUUAUACAGGAGAUGCUUUGUAGACCCAACAGCCCAAGAAAAGAAUAGACUGGAAUAGAAGAAAAAGAACACGUCUGGUUGGUGGUACAGUGGUAGAAGUGGCGAAGUGGCGAGGGGUAGGAACUGCGUUCAUGAUGGACGCUAUCCACAUUGUAUAGUCGAGAGGGGGGCUUUAAUGUUGCAAUAAGUUGUCUGUGUUGUGGUGGUGAUGGUUUGCUCGUCAUCAAUUAUCAUCACGUCGUAGCUUUUGGUCUGUUUUGAGUCCUGAAGUGGUUCGAGGUCCUCUUGGCGGGGAAGAAGAAAGGUGAUGGAAGGUGGUCAUGGAUGCUUUGAGUCGUUUGAGAUAUGGUAGUCAUCAAUUCAACUCAUC